AUGUCUCGUACGAAUAUCAGCUCUGGCUCGGCGUUCGAGGCCGAGAUUGGAUACUCCCGUGCUGUCGUCGUAGAUGACUGGGUAAUGGUAUCCGGAACCACCGGGUACAACUACCAAACGGGCGAAAUAUCAGACAAUGUGGCAGAGCAAGCGGAGCAAACCCUGUGCAAUGUCGACAAGGCAUUGAUGGAGGCUGGUUCUUGCAUGGCGGACGUCGUUCGCGUCCAAUACAUCUUGCCGGAUCGUGACGACUUCCCCAAGACCUGGCCGGUGUUGAGGAAGUGGUUUGGAGAUGUCAAGCCUGCGGCCAUGAUGAUCCAGUCCGCGUUAAUGAAGGAGGAAAUGAAGAUUGAGAUUGAAGUGACUGCGAAGAAAGGAUGUGGACUUGAGAAAUAG